GAGGGAGAGAGAGAGAGAGAGAGAGGGAGAGAGAAAGGGUACAGAGGGAUAUAUUGACUCAAAGCUGCUCUGCAUGCUCCUCAGUGAAUGAGAGACAGAGGACGUGAGAGCAGGCAAGAUGGAGUGCCGGCACAGAUGAAGACUGUCCCUGGUCUCGUUCCACAGUCCACAUGAGUGUCUCCAAACCUCCGCCGCCCCCCUCCACCUCCCACCUGGCGAUCCCCCCUUCCUCCACCUCCGCCCCUUCCUCAUCGGCCACGUCGCCCUCGGCGACACCCCACCCCGCUGGUCCGCCCCCUCCCUCGCCGGUCAAGAUCUCUAUGCAGGAGCACUUUGCCAUCAACGUGUGCCCGGGCCCAAUCCUCCCCAUCCCACAGAUCUCGGACUUCUUCCCCCGUUUCCACGACUACCCCUGCACGCCACCGCCUCCGAGGGAGAAGAAGAUCCUAAAAGAGGAGACUUUCAACGGGGAGACGGGUGUAGGAUACAAGGAUGGGGAGAGGAGGUUGGACAACGACGGAGACCGAGAGGAGGCGGUGGACUCUGACGAUGAGGACACCUACUUGGGAACGUUGGAGUUCACCCUGCUCUUUGAUCAGGAGAACAACUGUCUCCAUUGUACCAUUAACAAGGCAAAGGGACUGAAAGCCAUGGACUCCAAUGGACUGGCUGAUCCAUACGUCAAGCUUCAUCUUCUCCCUGGAGCAAGCAAGGCCAACAAGCUACGCACAAAAACUCUGAAGAACACGCUGAACCCGGUGUGGAACGAAACACUGAUGUACCAUGGCAUCACAGCGGCCGACAUGACCACCAAAACGCUCAGGCUGUGUGUGUGUGACAUGGACAGACUCGGACGAAACGAAUUCAUUGGAGAGGUGCGAGUGGCUCUGAAGAAACUGAAAGAGGGCGAGAACAAGCGCUACAAUAUGGGCCUGGAGAGAAUUGCACAGAAUAAAGAUGCUAACAACCCAACGGUGGAGCAGGGAGCGGUCGUGGCAGAGGAGGAGCGGGGACGCAUCCUGGUGUCACUGUGCUAUAACACAGAGAAGGGCUGCCUGCUGGUAGGGAUCAUACGCUGUGCACAUCUGGCAGCUAUGGACUCCAACGGCUACUCUGACCCCUUCGUCAAAAUCAUGUUGCAGCCAGAUAUGGGGAAAAAGUCCAAAUACAAGACAACAGUGAAGAAAAAGACUCUCAAUCCGGAAUUUAAUGAGGAGUUUUCAUACGAAGUUACCUUGGACCAGCUGGCAAAGAAAACCCUGGAGAUCUCUGUGUGGGACUACGACCUCGGAAUGAGCAACGACUUCAUAGGUGGAGUGGAACUGGGCAUCAAUGCAAGCGGACAGAGACUCAGACACUGGUUUGACUGUCUCAAGAAUAAAGGGAAGAAAGUGGAGUACUGGCAUACGCUCACACAGCAAGGAGCCCCGAGCGGUGACAAACCCGACUAGAUUACACAAGACAUUCAUGCAUACAAACACACACACACACACACACACACAUUUGUCUCCCAGGAAGAUGGAUGAUAACAGAGACUAAGUAAAGGAGUAAUAAGAGCAAAACAUGCAAUAAUAAUAAUGUUGAAAAUGAUCAUAGAACUCCAAUAAUUACUGCACCAACUAUUAGUAUAAUAUGAUAUUCAUAAUAAUAUUAUUGAUAGUAAUAAGGUGUGAUCUGAAAACUUUUUUUAAAAGUUGAACCAAAAUGUGACGAUGUCCUCAUUAAAGUGUUGACGUAACAAAAAAAUUCUCACAAAAUUGUUCUGAAGACCUCACUGUAUUGUGGAAGUCGCUCGUAUUCUGUCAAAUUUACACCUAUGGAGUGAUUUGAGAUUAAUGUACUCAAAAUGAAUUCAGUAAAAGGCACUAAAAGUAUGUGCAAUCCAGAGUAUCAUAAUGUGAUAUACUGUAUAGUUACAGUAGAGGGAAUGUUGUGAAAGGGAUAUUCUAUAUUGAGAAGUUUCGACUUUAGUGGUUGUUGAUCUGAUGCAAAACAACAUGCCGUAUUAUAAAGCACAAAAGGAUCCAUUUGGUGGAUUUGAAACUUUACCGUUUGUUUCAGUGUUCUUGUUCUUACGUCUUUCAUUGUCUUUAAGUGACAGUGGCUUUCGCUCCACUCUCAUUCCGUAUCAAUAUAUGUGUGUGUGUGCGUGUGUGUGCAUGAGGGCUUUAAACAUAUGAGUGCGUACAUUUUUUUAUCUGUACUGUGUGUAUUUUUGUGUGAAUGUGUGUUCUUGUCAUGACCCAUUCACACUGUCUGAAUGCAACUUCAGAGCCACAGAGAUGUUUAGGAAUAAUAAAAGCAGCGCUGGACUCUUGCUGCUUGAGGGUCAGGGGUAGAAAAAAAAAACAUAAAGGGCAGCAGCAUGCAGAAAAGUUUUCAAGCAUGUUGGGCGACCUAUAUGACACUGCAACAUGUCUUCUAAAUUCUAAGGACACCUUAAAGGGCGCUUCAACAUGUUUUCUCCACUGGAAGGGCACCAUAAAGGGCACCGUAUCAUAUUUUAUCUACCCGAGGGGUUUCUAAAGGGUACUUUUGCAUGCUUUUCUUUUUAUCUAUAGUUUUUUUGGACAGGGGUCUGCAUUGAGUAAAGGACAUGAAAGCCACAUUCAGGAGAGAGUUCCCCACCACACCCCUCAUCGGUGUGAGUGCUCCUGGCUCGGGAGGAUUCAAGUUGUCAGCGAUGUGAGCCGUCUCUCUUUCUCAUCAUCGAGUCAUAGACCAACUUUAAGAGUGGAAUUUGACUUGAUGCGUUACCUCUGGCCCAACAGAUAUUGCUUUUUUUGGAGGCGCUUUUGCACCGUGGCUUCACUGCAGCUUCAUGAUCUAGAUAGAACAGGAUCACGGAAGGUUUUCCUCAGUUUCUCCAGUUCGGUCCAGUUGGUGUACCAUUACUUUGCCCAUCUCACCACCACCUGUUGCCAAAAUACUCUGAGUGCAUUCAGCGUCUUUGUCUCUCCCUCUGUCGCUCUCUCUGUCUCCAACACACACAUUAUGCUACUCUUAUUCAACUGCACUUGAACCCGGCCUUGGCCAUUUUCAAAUGGCAGUUGGCCUAGUGUGACGUGGCAUCUUUUUCUAGUUCUUUUCUUCAUCUACUACCUCCAGCGGUCUUACUUAAACCAUCAGCAAUAUCUCAUGCUGGCUGAAAUGUAUUUUAAAUGUAGGGAUUCAGGAUCUAAUGCAGACGUUUUAGUACAGGCCGAUACUCAAAUAGAUCAUUUAUUUUGGAUCUCAUUAACAAAUUUCAUUAACUAAUACACGUGAUAAAGAAGCAAUAGCAAUAAGAAAUUAAUCAAAAUGGAAAGAAUAAAUGCUAAAAAUGCGGACCAAAAAGGUAUCGGCUGACACCUUAUCACUGACUCUUCUUUUGGUUCAUAAUUCUACCAUAAAAGACUUAUCACUUCUAGGUUUUACUUCAAGCAGUGUCAGGGAUGAUGCAACAUUUUCUUCCUGCACGGCAAUUUUGCAGCACUAAUUGUAUGCAUUUCAAAAUGCAGGCAUCCGAUUGGUCCUGUGAUCUAAUCUAUAAGAAUAGGGCUGCGACGAACGAUGUACCUUUGUAAACCCUUGAGACAACGAUCUCAGAAGUUAUGCAAGGAAUGUGGCUGGAGUCUACGUCCACCAUUAGAGGGAAUCAUUGCUUCAUUCAAUGUUGCAUUCAUCCCAUUACUUCAGUCUACAGUCUUACUUCGGUCUACAGUGGCAUGUAUUUCAUCCAAUGGACAAGAGACACUAUCGUGUCCAUGUCUCUGACAUAGGAUUACCUGCUGUUAGUAGAAAUGUCCUCCAUUUUAACCCCAGGACGUAAAAUGCGAUUUCACCCUGCAUGCGUGGUAGCCGGGGACAGUGGAGGACCACAGGCAAAGGAUCGGAGAUGCAAAAAAAAGACUUACAGAUUGCGGAUUUAACCCUUACGUCUGUUAUGCGUCUCGAAACACACCUCGAACCAUCAAUGCUACAUAGCGGCUAGACUACCACUGAACUGUGUAAAUGUUUGACAGGAUAACAGAUGUACUCCCCCCAGUUCCUCUAGCUCUACAGCUCCGGCUGUACACUGGUUCACAUUGGCACACCCACAGUCGGCCACUGGCCUGCAGGAGUUUUUGGAACUGUUUAAUCGAUCCGGCUGCUCAUAUUCUUGGUGUCCUUCAACAACCUUGUGAAUGUCUCAUCGUUGACUGCCAAAAAAAAAAAAAGAAUCCUUCAGUGGUGAAUUAGGUUUGACUAAACAAGGGCUUGGCCAUAAUCGAAGCUUGGAACUAAACCAUGUGGGUGUAACAGAAGGAUAAACAUAUUUUCUGUUCGCUCAUCAAUGACUUUAAAAGAAGGGUUAGGCAAGAUUUAUUCAGUACUUUCUCUAUGCACAUCAAAACUCCCAGCGCGUUGGCAGUGAGAUAAUAAAACCAAAACGACAUUAUUAUGUUAUCAAGGCAUCAAAGAUGCAUUUCUGGGAAUACUCAGUACUUUGAUUGGGUCUAGGCUGGGUGACAGUGAUCUAAUAGAGGUCACAUUUCAGGCUGGUUGCUUAUUCCUGCCUCUGGAUCUGCUGGUUUUGUUUACAGUCACCGAAUUUAGUGACUCUUGUCUAUUGACCCCGCUUUGCUUACGUAAUCAUUUUACCUGCAAUACAGCUGCAUGUUUAGCAAUCACUAUCGUGCGUGUAUAAUAGAGUGCAACCAUGGCUGAUCAUUCGGAAUGCUGAUGUGUUUACAGUCUACGCCAUCAGUGUGUUUUGGGUUUAUUUGUGAAUACAAUGAUUCAGGGUAUUUUUUGCUCAGUUGCUGUGCUUUACCAAGCAAGCUAUUGCUUUAAGAAACAAAACCUUUACUAACACAAAUUUUGACACUUCCGUCUUCCUUAAAUUGAUUACAGUUGUAAUGAUGCAGGGGGGCAUGGCCAAUUGAGAUGGGGAAUUCACUACUGCAGUCCCUGUGUAGUCACUGUCAAUGUCAAUCACACAGUAUGGCUGCCAUCCUGUGGUGGGUUUGUGUAACUACUUCACCAAAUAAAUUGAAGUUGUUUCA